UCCUGCAUAGGCCUCACUGUGUCACACAGUCUUUCAAGGAAACUCUUGCUACCUCGAUAUCUGUGCUGGCGUUGGAGGUGUUGGAGAAGCGGGAACCUCGUGUUCCUCUCUCUCUUGCGCAGGCUCCUGAAGCAAUGGAGAAUGAGCUGCUAGCAAUCGUCUCCGUUUUGUUGCUGUUGUCAGCUGUUGUUGGUGCACAGCCAGGGAAGUUCACGUUCUUGCAAGAGGCCUCUUCCUCGGCCUCGUCCAAUGAGGAGUACGACUACAUUGUCGUCGGCGGUGGCACUGCCGGUUGCCCCUUGGCUGCUACGCUGUCCGAAAAGUUCAAAGUCCUGCUACUGGAACGUGGUGGAGUGCCUUACGGCAAUCCAGACAUCGAGAGAAUAGAGAUGUUUGUCCACAAUCUGGUCUGGACCAAUGCAACUUCCCCGGCGCAAGCCUUCAUCUCGGAGGAUGGAGUCAUCAACAGACGGCCCCGGGUUCUCGGUGGAGGGACCUGCUUAAAUGCGGGGUUCUACACCCGUGCAAGCCAGGAAUUUAUCCAAAAGGCCGGAUGGGACGAAAAACUUGUCGACGAAUCUUACUCCUGGGUGGAAAACGUGGUCGCUUUUGCUCCGGAACUAAAGCAGUGGCAAUCUGCGGUCAGAAGAGGUUUGUUAGAGGUUGGAAUACUUCCAGACAAUGGAGUCACGUACGAUCACUUGAUUGGUACCAAGACCGGAGGAUCGAUCUUCGAUAGCAAUGGACAUCGCCAUACGGCCGCAGAUCUACUCAAAUACGCAAAUCCGAGCAGCAUCAAAGUAAUGCUGCAUGCAACAACAAACAAAAUACUAUUUACCGCUGAUAGCGAACGUCCAAGAGCAUACGGUGUCGUGUACACAGAUACGUCUGGUAUGGAGCACCGCGCAGUUCUCAAUUCAAAUCCACGCAGCGAGGUCAUACUAUCUGCUGGAGCACUGGGGAGUCCACAAUUGCUGAUGCUGAGUGGAAUUGGUCCAGAGGAGCACCUAAAGGCGUUCCAAAUACCAGUAAUCAUGAACGCACCAAAUGUUGGUCAGGGAAUGGCAGACAAUCCUAUGAACGCAAUCUUUGUACCUUCACCGAAACCGCUCGAGGUAUCGCUGGUGGAAGUCGUUGGCAUCACGAGCUUUGGCAGCUUCAUCGAGUCUGCUUCGCCGGCUCUUGGUAUCACGAUGAUCAGCAGCGUUCCUCCGCCACUGCGAACACCGAGUUUCAUACAGGCUGUUCAGAAUCAGCUACAAGAGAUGUCUUCCUACCUCCCGCGUACUGGAGUUCUGAUGGAGAAGGUAGAUGGCCCAGUCUCCAGUGGUUAUCUCAAGCUUCGCAACACCGACCCUCACGACAAUCCCGCAGUACGGUUCAACUACUUCUCCGAUACCCAAGACUUAAACAAGUGUGUCCAAGGAAUCCAGCUUAUCCAAAGAGUCAUUGGUUCGUCCUCAAUGACAUCUUUCACGUACGUGAACCCCGAGGAAAUACCGGAACCGAUGCUCAAGUUCGUGAGUCUGCUCGGAAACCUUUUGCCGCUGGAUACGUCAAACAGGAUCGCGAUGGAAACUUUUUGCAGAGCAACUGUGAACACGAUUUGGCAUUACCACGGCGGGUGUCAAGUUGGACGAGUUGUAGACGACAGCCAUCGGGUCAUCGGUGUGAAUAACCUCCGAGUCGUAGAUGGAUCGACGUUUCUGUCAUCUCCAGGAACCAACCCGCAAGCUACUGUCAUGAUGAUGGGAAGGCAAGUAUAUGGGUGUGAAUAUCCUCAAGGAACGUGGAUCAGGCUACUGAUAAGUAUAUAGGAAAUUAUUCCUGCUAAGCGGACGUAAGCAGCAGCUAGGAAAAAAAAAAAAGAAAUCGGUAUAAUUUGUACCUGAAUUUAACAAAUGUAAUUCCCUGUCCAGAAGA